AAAUGCUACUUUGAUUGAUUCCCCGCCCCCUCAUUCUUCUUUUCCUGCAAUUGCCCUAUCACUUCUUCCCUGUCAAGUCCCGCCCUUUCAGCUACCUCCAACUGCAGAGGAACCGGUUGCCUAAAAGGAGCCGGCAAAAGCGCCUACGUGGAGUCCAGAGGAGCGGAAGUGGUCAGAUUUGACUGAGAGCCGUAAAGCGCGGCUGGCUCUCGUUUUCCGGAUAACGACUACAGCUCCGACUGUCAGUGCCGGCCUUCCUCGUGUGAGGGGAUCUGCCGGACCCUUGCAAAUUCAAUUUCUUUCCCAUUCCGGGCCCUUCCCUAUCGUCGCCCCCUUCACCUUGGAUCAUGUUCAAGAAAUUUGAUGAAAAAGAAAAUGUGUCCAACUGCAUCCAGUUGAAAACUUCUGUUAUUAAGGGUAUUAAGAAUCAAUUGAUAGAGCAAUUUCCAGGUAUUGAACCAUGGCUUAAUCAAAUCAUGCCUAAGAAAGAUCCUGUCAAAAUAGUCCGAUGCCAUGAACAUAUAGAAAUUCUUACAGUAAAUGGAGAAUUACUGUUUUUUAGACAAAGAGAAGGGCCUUUUUAUCCAACCCUAAGAUUACUUCACAAAUAUCCUUUUAUCCUGCCACACCAGCAGGUUGAUAAAGGAGCCAUCAAAUUUGUACUCAGUGGAGCAAAUAUCAUGUGUCCAGGCUUAACUUCUCCUGGAGCUAAGCUUUACCCUGCUGCAGUAGAUACCAUUGUUGCUAUCAUGGCAGAAGGAAAACAGCAUGCUCUAUGUGUUGGAGUCAUGAAGAUGUCUGCAGAAGACAUGAAGCCAGUGAAACCUAUUUUGUCUUCAGGAUUGUGGUCUUUCUGAAGCACUGAAAAGAACCCAUGUGCCAACACAGCUGUUUUAUAUUGAGAAAGUCAACAAAGGAAUUGGCAUUGAAAAUAUCCAUUAUUUAAAUGAUGGGCUGUGGCAUAUGAAGACAUAUAAAUGAGCCUCAGAAGGAAUGCACUUGGGCUAAAUAUGGAUAUUGUGGUGUAUCUGUGUUUGUGUCUGUGUGUGACAGCAUGAAGAUAAUGCCUGUGGUUAUGCUGAAUAAAUUCACCAGAUGCUAAAA